GGCAGGCGGAGGGAAGUUGUGGAGCGAUUGCACAGAGGAGUGCGCAAAGCGCUGCGCGGAGCGACAGACAGCACCGCCACCGACAGCGCUUCGGCAGCUAGCUGAGGCAGGAGGCGCGCUCUGAGCUGACAGAUCCGACCCGUCAUCUGCACCUCGGGGCGCCACACCGAGCCAUCUCGGGGCAGUCUCCCUGUCCCCGUUUCUGCGCUGCACCCCUCUGACCAGCAUGAGGCUCCUGGCGGCCGCGCUGCUUCUACUGCUCCUGGCGCUGUGCGCCUCGCGUGUGGAAGGGUCCAAAUGCAAGUGUUCCCGGAAGGGCCCCAAGAUCCGCUACAGCGAUGUGAAGAAGCUGGAAAUGAAGCCAAAGUACCCGCACUGCGAGGAGAAGAUGGUUAUCAUCACCACCAAGAGUAUGUCCAGGUACCGUGGCCAGGAGCACUGCCUGCACCCCAAACUGCAGAGCACCAAGCGCUUCAUCAAGUGGUACAACGCCUGGAAUGAGAAGCGCAGGGUCUACGAAGAAUAGGGGGGAAAUCUCUGAUAGAACACUCCAGACCAGUUUCAAGACUUGAGCAAAGGACUUUUCUGGUUAAAUAAAAAAACCCUUUCUUUCUCACAGGCAUCAGACACAAAUUAUAUAUUGUUAUGAAGCACUUUUUACCCAGGAUCAGUUUUUACAUUUUAUAGCUGUGUGCAAAAGGCUUCCAGAUGUGAGACCCAGCUCUCUUGCGCUCCAGACAUCAACAGGCGGCUCUUUGCUGAAUUGGGGAGACUCAUGCCUUUCCUUUUUUAAGAAAAUGCUUUUUUGUAUUUGUCCAUCCAUCGAUACACAUCUGAGCUUUAUAAGCGCCCGGGAGGAGCCGUGAGCUUGGCUGAGACAUUUCAUUGCGGUGCUGCUCUGACCUGAGCCUGGGAAGCUUCUGCCCAGAGGGCCUGGCGCCUUCUGCACAGCUGCCAGGCUCUCCUGGGCUUACGCUGGUCCCAGCCUCAGUGUGACUCCGCAGUGGCCCCUGUCGCCAGGCAAGCAGGAGCAGGUCUCUCUGCAUCUGUGCUUGGAGGAACUCAGUUUAGUUGCCAGAGAAAUGUGCUUCAUUCCUCUGGUUCAUUUUUUCAGUGUAGGAAACAUUUCCAAGAUCCUGUGGGGGGUGAAGCAAGUGACCCCGAAAGAAGGCCCUGGGUCUUUUUUCCAUCCUGAGGAAUUCUGAAAGGUUUGCUGCUUCACUCGGUGAUGCUUCAGAAGCAUGUAAAGUUCCUACCACUAUUAGUGAAAAAACCUUAGAAAAAAAUUUUAAACCACAAACACAACACGCAACUGGAGACACACAAUCUGUUGACAAGAGGAAGUCUUCAGUGUGUGUUCCUCUCUCUCCACACAGUGGGACACGCAGUACUAUAGCAGCGGUACACUUGUGACUCCCGUGCAGCUCACGGGGCGCAGGGUGUCCAGGUUUAGAAGUUGGGAUUUCGAGCGCCCUUUGCUUUGUACAUACCUUCUGCAGGGCGCCCCCCACAGGCUGCCCCUCUGUAGAGGCCGCACUGUCCUGCUGUGUCAUACGCUAUGUAAAUGUCAGAGAUCAUUAGCAUUGCAUGCAGAUUUCAUAUUCUUUCUAAGACAAACAGAAAAGUAAUAAAAUAUAUUUGAAAUGUACCAACA